UGAUGGUUCUCCCAGCUGGUGGUGUUGGUGGUCAAAGCGCCCGCCAUCUUAAGGGAAGUGACAAAGGUGGUGUGGCGGUCCUGUCCUCCUCUCCACCCCUGCCAUGGCCAUUUUCUAGCCGCCCUACCGUCACCCAGGCCGCGGCGCCCUAGGCACAAUGACAGGGGAAGAGGGUGGUGGUGGGUCUGGGGUGAGUGUGUCGGCCAUGUGCUUGGUAUGUGGCACCAACCAGGCCAACCUCACCCAGCACCUGUCCCUUCACACCAAGGAGGAGAUCAUCCGGGCUGUCACCCAUGGCCAACCACUGCCUGAGCUGGCCACCCGGAGGUCGGGGCCAGGCCGUCCCCGGAAGAUAGCCAUCCCACCUACUCCCCUGGCCACUGUGGCUCCUCUCUCCCUGCGCCCUCCCACCAGCCAGCCACAGCUGCUGCUCACUGGCAGCCAGGCCCAGCAGGCCCCCGUGACGGCCACCAUGGCUCCCACACCCCAAGUUGCCCCGGCACCACAGCCGGCAGCCUCGCAGCCCGUCAGGCUGAGCUCCAUUGCACCCUUGAUCCAGCCAUCCCGAAAUGCCAUGCCCUUGACCCCUAACCCAGUUCAACCCAACACUCCAGCUCCUGCAGGGAACUACCUCCUCAUAGGCAACAACAUGUUUCCAGCAGGCAGUGUGAUAUCCAAUAACCUUCAGCUGGGGAGUAGUGGGGUGAGCUACAUUAUCCCUAGCUCAGGAGGUCUUGUGCUGGCUGCAACUGCCCCCCCUACAAGCCAGACCGUGUUGGUACAGCCCCCUAACACGGCUCCCCCACCCCCAAUGCAAGUGAAGCAACCCCCUGCUGCUGCCCCUCCUAUGGCUACAUUGCCUGGUGGCAUCUACAAUGGUGUGACCUGCAGGCCACCUCGACCUGUGCAGUCUGACGGCUCCCUAUGCAUGUUUGAGGGACCAGCUGCCCCAGUACAAAAUGAGGCCCACACACCAGCCACAGAUGCCGUGUGGCAGAAGCCAGCAGGAGUCAGCAUCUCUCAGCCAGUGGAUGGCAGUAACCCCCUGCGAAUGAAGGUUGAGGGAGAGCCGCCAUCCCACCGAGCCACAAUAAAUAUUGGCAAGAACAUCAGUAUCUCCCUGCCUCGGGAGCUGGUGGGCCAGAGGGAGAAGCUCAAGGACAUCAUCAACCAGGAGCUGGUCCGAGCCCUGUUGAUGAAUGAGGCCAAGAAGGGCCGUGCUCCCGACGGUGGCCAGCCCUCCACAAGUGACGCUACCAGGAAGACGCUCUACUUUCCUGCCAAGAUGGAGGAUGAGGAGGUGGUAACUGUGGGUCAGGAUUUCUGCCAGGAAGACAUGGUGAUGGAUGAAGAUGACCAGUACUGUGAGGAGGAGGACCCACUGGCCUCUGACCCACUCUCAGCCACACCUCACUCUGGAGGUAGUUCUGUUGGAUCACUCGGCAACUCCAAAGUUCCCUCUCCAGGCAGCAGUGUCACUGUUGAACCCAGCCUGAAUGGAAGCUUUGUUUCCCACGAGAGCGGUGUGACUACCUACCGCACUGAGGGGGCCAUGGAUGUGGUCUUUACCGAGCGGAACCACUGUGGCCAGACCUCGGCUGGCCCAGGGCCCUCCCUUGUUGUAUCCAGCAGUAAUGAAGGCUGUGAAAGGGGCAGUGCCAGACAACAUUUCCUGGUGAGCAGUGGGCAUGAGAUGGGGGAGGAGGUGUGUCAUGGGAGGCCAGACAAGCGAAGUGAUGCAGCUGAAUCAGAAACUUUGCCAAACAGUAGUAUUUCUGUAACUCAGGGUGAGUUAGGUCAGGCUGCAGCAACUCCCAUCACCACAUCAACUUUGAGCCAUCCUGUAAAGAGGGAUCAGGCAGGAGAGGGAGGGGAACAGCCCAUGAGUUUCUUGGCAGCAGAGCGCACCCUCAAUAGUUUGCUGGGAGCAGCAGGUCUGCAGGAAAUGGUGUAUGUGGAGGAGCAGGUGCUUGGGGCUGUUGAGGAAGUCUUCUCUGGAGGUCCUCCUGUCUCCACUGCAACAGCCAUGCCAAGUGCAAGUUCUUCAGACACCAGUGACCAAAAGGCACUGCAGCGACGGCUUGGCCACUCCUAUGCCUCAGGUGUUGGGGAUCCUCUGUCACAGCUGCCGCCAACCUCCUACAGGGACAACACUCAGGACAAGGAGCAGCAGGAUGUCAAGUGUAAAUAUGAAGUGUCAGGUGUGCAAAGCCAGACGGCCUCCAGUGUGGGCCAGAUGGCAGGGCCAGCGGCAGCGGUGGCAGCAGCAGUGGCAUCCACGGCGUACGAGUCACAACACAAGGACAGCACUCAGGGCAAGAAGCACGAGGUGAAGUGCAAGUAUGAGGUGGGUGGUUCCUCUAGCCAGAUGAGCUCCAGCAUGGAUCACGUGGCCACAGGAAGCAGUGCAGGGUACGAGACACACACCAGCCACCACCACCAGCACCACCACCACCACCACCACCACCAGCACCAGCACCACCAGCACCACCAGCAGGGCACUCUGGACCUGGCCAGUAGCCACUCCAUCAGCAGCAAGGAGGAGAUCUUGAUGCAGGAGGAGAUUGAUGAGGAGGAGGAAGAGCUGGUGGAUGACCCCAGCCUGGUGGUGGACAGCCUGACAGGGGGCGCCAUCUUCCCGGAUGACCAGAUGUUUGAACGGGAGAUGGGCGGCCAGCAGGGCGAGGAGGUGAUGUCACUCAAGGCAUCGGAGACCCUUGCCGACAGUGACAGCGAGCGUGCCACUCCACACGAGGAACUCUCUGAGCUGAUGUUCUACGACCGGAGCUGCAUGUUUGCCGGGGAACCUGGGCCAGCCAACCUGUCCCCCCGCACCUACCCCACCAUGGACUCCUCAGCCUACCACUCCCUUGCUCCAGCCAUGAUCUCUCCCAUGGACUCUUCUGUGCAGAUGGAGCGUACAGACUCAGGAACACUGCCCAGCUUAGGGGAGGGCAGCUCAGGAAGUGGAGUGGUGGAGCUCACCUCGGAGACCACCAUGCACAUCACCUCUGACCAGUGCUGCACUGUCAUGCCAGGGGAGGGCAUGGUCAUCAGCCAGCUGUUCCCCGUGCCCUACAGUGAGGCAGCCACCACUCUGGCGUCAUCUGCCACGGCCAUGGCCACACCAACCACCAGCAAGGUGUCAUUCUCUGGCAUGAUAGAAGACUCAAAACUGGAUAGCAAGAUCACAUUGCUGGAGAGCAGCUGCAGUAGCAGCAGCAGCAGCAGCUGUAGCAACAGCAGCCCCAGUGGUAGCAGUAGCAACAUCAACAGUGGCUUCACCCGGCAGCCUUCUCCGGUCCCAUCCACCUCUGGGCUGCAGGGGCCAUCCAACCUCAAGUCUGUGAAGGAGGACGAAGACUACGAGCUUGAAUACGAGUCUGACUGUUACGGAGACAGUGACUCGGACUCUGGGGUGGCCAAUCGCAGUCCUCUGGACCUGGACCACUGGAAGUGCAUUGUAUGCAACAAGAUGUUCAAAAGCCUAAAGGAGAAGCUGCUACAUGCCGGGCAGCACUCCCCCUGUGCCGAGGCCAUGGAGAAGUCUGGUGCAAUCCGCAGUGCCACAGAGGCCAAGUCCCUGCAGGAUGACGUCAAUCGGGAUGCCGUGGAGGAGGCGGCAGCGCUGGUCGUCCUGAAGUGCAAGGAAGAAAUGACUGCUCUCCAGGAGGAGACUCGCUCCAUGCUGGAAUCUUUUGCCACAAACGGAGAGUACAAGUGUCCCGAGUGCACUCUGUGUUUCUCCUCGGCGGAGAUGCUGUUUGAGCACCGCAAGGCAGUCUUCAAGUCGAGGGUGACCUGCCAGGUGUGCCACAUGGUGUUCAAGAAGCGGCACGCCAAAAUAAAGCACAUGAAGACUCACACCGUGGAUGACCUCAAGUGCCUCAUUUGCAACCGUACGUAUCCAAACCGCUACUCGUGGUCACAGCACCAGCUGUUCCACAUGGGCCUGGUGCUCUUUGAGUGUAAGGAAUGCGGCCGCAGGUUCCAGCGGAAGUCGGAGUUGGAGGUGCACAUGCGCACUCACACAGGGGAGCGACCCUACAGCUGUGCUUCCUGCAAGAGUGCCUUCACCACCCGGCAGGCACUCAAGCGGCACCUGGUGACCCACAUGGACGGCCAAGAGGUGGACUGUGAUGUGUGCCACAAGACGUACAAGAACAUAGUGUGCCUCAACAAACACCGCCUCAAGGCACACUCCAAGAACAAGGGCAAGGCCAAGGUGCGGAGGGAUUACAUGUGCUCCACCUGCAACGAGGUGUUCCCCUCCUCCAAGAAGCUCGCCUGGCACCGAGAGACACACGAGCGCUGGCCCAAGAAGUGCCAGCACUGCGGCGAGUGCUUCGUGCACCAGUCCAGCCUCACCAAACACAUCCGGCACAAGCACGACCCUCACCACCAGACGCCUGACGGCAAGACGGAGAACAACGCCACCUGUCCUGUCUGCCGCAAGGUAUUCAAGAAGUCGUCGCUGGUGCUGCACCUCCGCACCCACACUGGUGUCAAGCCCUUCCAGUGCAACAUCUGCAACAGAAGCUUUGCUGUCAAGUGCAACUUGGAGGCCCACAAGUGGGUCCACAUGGGUGUCCGGGACCGCCCCCACAAGUGCAGGCUGUGCGAGCGCAGCUUCCACCGACAGAAGGAUCUGGAUGCACACAUCCGCAGCCACAAGAACAUCCGACCCUUCACUUGCAACGAGUGCGGUAAGUCCUUCAUUCAUAAAAAUAAUCUGCAGCUACACGUGCGCGAGCACUCGGGUGAAAAGCAGCACAAGUGCAUGUUUUGUGGGAAGGCUUUCUUCAGGAAAUACAACCUGGACAACCACGUCCGGAUCCACACGGGGGAGACGCCCUAUGAGUGCACCAUCUGCCGCAAGGAUUUCACCCAGAAGAGUAACUACAAUGUUCACAUGAAGGCAUUCCACAUUGAGAGGCAUGCUGUUCAUGAAGAAUUAUAAAGUUAGGAGUAAUAAUUGUACAAAUAUCUAGUUGCUUUUUAUAAAUUUUUAUGGACAUGGAAAAGGAAGAGAGCACCUUAGGGAAAGGCCAGGUUUUAAAUGAUUUAUUUUUCUAAAAAUGUAUGAUUUCAUUAGUCUUAAAAAUUAUGGCAUGGCAGAGAGUCACAGAGUGGUCAUUUAUCUGGAUGGUGAUGAAAGUGAGUUAGUUGGCUGAGAGAGUUUACACUGAAAAGAAAAGUGAGUCUUGAAAAAAAUUAUGCAAGAAUCUAAAUUUUAGAGUGGUCUCCAGCAGCAUGAUUAUCACAGGCAUGUCAAUAAGUUUUCAAUGUUGACAGCUGCCACAGUAACCAGCACAUAUCUGGUCAGCUUUGUUCCUCAUUGAGGCCGCACCAUACCAGUGUGUUUCUGAGAAGAGUCUUCACUCAACGAUGGGGAAGACUAUGACAACUCCAUGUUCCUUUGAGAGGCAGUGUGUCGGUGGAAUAGUGCAACUUUCCCAGACAUUGUAGGAAGCUGUAUAAUCAGAAAUAUCCUUGUGUGCAAGUGUUGGGUCUUCUUGUGUCACUGCCAUCUGCAAGCUGCACACCAAGGCACCUGUUUUCCCCCGUGGUCUUGUGCCUACUUCACAGGCCUGGGCAGUAAGCUCUCGACAACUGUGCUAAAUUUGAGUGGUGGUAUGAUGCUAUUAGUCUUUCACCAUUGGUAGAUGUGCUGCUGUAAUGUGAAGAUUAUUCCUAGGAUCACAAAGUUCCCAAGAAUUUAUAAUCAUGUAUCAUAAUGGCAGAGUAUCCUGCUUCUUUCAAAAACUGCCCCAGAGUUUUAUUAUUUUAUUCAGAUAUUAUUCUUUUUAAGGAGUAAAUUUGCUGCCUGUCUUUAUUUAUGUACAAUUUCUUUUAAGUUUUUAAGACUGCAAAUGCACAGAUGGUAAACAAUUGGACUGGUUGACGCGGAGGGCGAGGGUGGGGCAGCCGUUGCCGUGUCUCUCCCUCCGCUUCAUGAAAGUUUGUUAGGAUAGUGGAAAGCUCCACACUAUUCAAGUGAUUUUAUUCAAUUCGCUUUAUUUAUUCCAUCUUUUUAUUUUGUUAUUUUAUAAUUAUUUAUUUUUAUUUUAUUAUUUUCAACAAUUUUACUGGUUAAUUAGGGCCACUGGAAGAAAGGGGCCAUUUAAUUGUGCAAUUGGAAAAAGGCUAAUUAUUUUUUCAACGCACCGCAUAUUUUAUGAAUGACCUCUAAAUGUAUCCAUCGGUGUGACCUCUGAGUGCCUGUUGCCGGUGAGGGUGUGUGUGCUCGUGCUUACAAAGGCCGGACACAGAGUUGGCCACACCACCCCCAGGACUCGCCGUGAAAGCCGCGUUGUCAUAAGAGGCGAAUGGCAAUACAGUGUGAUGUAGUUAGUGAGCUCAUAGGAUUUUUUUACCGUGUCUGUAAUUCUUAAGCUACCCAUUUUUGUAUAGUGUGGCUAAAAUUUCUUCUCUCUCUCUCUCUCUCUCUCUCUCUCUCUCUCUCUCUCUCUCUCUCUCUCUCUCUCUCUCUCUCUCUCUCUCUCUCUCUCUCUCUCUCUCUCUCUCUCUCUCUCUCUCUCCCUGUGUGAUCAAUUAGUGCAGAGAGUGAAAUGUGAUGUGUGUGUAGCAAUGUUUGGAAGACAUACUCAUCAAUUCAUUACCGUUCAAUUAUUUUCACUUUUUUCUUUAUCUUAUCAUUUCAAUUUAUUUUUUUUUUUCAUGAUGCAUAUCUUGUGUUGUGUGAUUAGGUGUCCUGUCUUCAUUAUUUCCCACCUUCUCCUUGUUUUGCCACUUCUAAACACGAGUCCUCGCAGGGAAUGUGUUCUUCAGCUCUUUGUUAGCUUUCUUACUAUGGCUGCUGUUGCUGCUGCUACCACCACCACCACCACCACCACCGCUGCAUUGCUGACAUAUCAUGACAGACAAAACCUAAAACCUACCUUGAUAGAUUCUGUAAUGUGCCACCUUGGCAUUGAAUUAGAUGAAGAGAUGAGGUAAAAAGUUUUCCUGGAUGGCUGGGAAUACUUGAGAAGCUCAUGGUAAUGUGAUGGUCAUAAUGUUUUUAAUUCUGUAUUUAAUCUUCAUUGUAGUCAAUGUAGCAUGUGUCAGUAGGGAUCAGUAGCAGCAGUAGCAGCAGCAGCAGCAGCAGCCAGGUGAAGGCUGAGCAAGACAUGUAGACAGCUGCCUUCCUUCCUUAGCCAUUAACUUAGGAAGUGAGGGUGGCUGGCUGUCAGACUGGAGGCCGCCACUGGAAGGCCAUGAUCUCCAGUUCCUUCCAUAAAGGUGCAAAUUGCAAUAGAGUACAUACUGUAUAUAUUGUCUGAGAAGCAUUGGAGGACCUUGUAUCUUGAUGGAAUUGAAAUGUGUAUUUUAUAACAAGGAAAACAUUAUUCUAUAGCAAAGUAAAGGAUAAGGUGACAUUUUUCUGUUUGUGUUAUUGGUUUGUAAUUCAUAUGUUGUUGAUUUGCAUGGAAGCCACUUGAAGUCAUGCAGCGCUUUCAGAGACAACGCUACUGAGGCGUUAGUGCAAUAUAGAGACAAGAGUGUGUACCUGGAGUCGCAGUGAGGGUGAAACAUGUUUGUUGCUGUGGGUGUCGUAGCAUUUAAGUGCGAGUGUCGCCUCACUGGAUGGUUCCUCGCGUGAAACUGCCACGUACCAUAUUUAUUUAGUUACCCGAACACACCCAUUCUUCCCUCCCCUAUCUUCCAUACCUCCCCCAUGCUUCCUGUCCCCCUCAAGUGAUGUGCAUUUCAUGAUAUCUUUGUGACUGACAAUACCCAUUGCACUGGGGACCUUGUUAAGAGCUGGCGGUGGCAUGUUCCUUACUUUUGUAGUGGCACUGACCCUGCGGCCUCUUGGACUCCUACACCCUCCUUGCCCAGCGUGACCCUGCUUGUGGCCUGGCGUGUUAGUGUUAGUUACCAGCCAGCGGUCGGAGAUUAAAGUGCCACUCAUAACUAGAAAUGUAGAGUCGGACAAAGUGAAUGGAGAAAAGACUGUGUGUCUGGAAGGAAAAUGGUGUUGUGUUAUAGAAACCAGAGCUUUGGGAACAUAACAAGCACCAGCUCUGUAAAUUUCAAAGUGCCAAAAAGGAAAAGAAUGAAAGAAUGGGCAGUUUUUAUUGAGAGUGAUUUGUGCAGCCGACUGACCGCUUAGGCGCUCAUCCCUUCUGCUACUCCCACCGGCAGUCACCGCUGUGAAGGGGUCAGUCUGCCAUGGAGUGUGGCUCAUGUGGGGCCACAGUGAAGCUGGUGGCGCUUUUAUAGAUGCUUUUCUGUCUGUCUGUAGGAAUAAUGGACUAGCCUAAGCUUUUUAUACUCACAGUAUUGUAUGGUCGUGUGUCGUCUCCUUAAUACUCCAUCUGUCGUAUGGGGUGCUCGGGACAAGAAAACCUGUAAAUGUGGACCAUUCAGUCUUAUAUUAUUUAUUAUCAUUACUACUUUUGUAAGAGGUCGUUGAGUGUGCAGUUGCAUAGCAAAAGUGCAAAUAGAGCAGACUAAUGCACCACCGGACAGUGAUGGAAGAUAUUUAUCGUGCAUUUUUGUUUUGUUCAUGCCGAGUCCUUUCGUUCAAGACCCCACAGUGCGGUGCGCCACCAUUUGGUCAGAAGAUGGGAGCCUCUUUUUGUUGUGAGGGUGACCCUGCUUUCGUCGUAAGUGUUAAUUGUUACUUUACGAUAAUCUCGCCUUUCUGUUUUUGCUCCCUCCAUCCCACACUACACAUUUUUCUUGGCGAGACGUCUUGUAUUUCGCCUCCGUCACAUUCGUUAACGAGUGUUGCAGAUUCCUCCUGUCCCUCCUUCCCAUCCCUGAUCCACCUGUCUCUUCCCUUCCACCCUCUGCUGUAACUCCACCUGUGUUUUGUUAUGUAGGAUGUAUGUUACCAGUCUUAGGGCUACUUAAAUGUGUAGCUUUAUUUAUAACCUUGUAAGCUUUAAAUUUAAUGUAUGCUUGUCAAGAAAUAGUGUGGAAGUUUUAUGUAACCCAGUAGAUAGAAAUUAUAGUUUAAGAAAUUGUG